GACGGCUCGCGGUGGGACUUGGGAGCUCGGCCACGGUGGACGGGUUUUCAAAUCUCCCAAGUCCUUCCGUCUCGCCACUUCGCUGGCUUCCUCCUCUCCUUAUCGGAACCCAAUGUUCACCCCUGACCGCACCCACCAUCCACGUGGCGAGAAAAAGACGCCCUCGUUCCAUUGCGGCGCCGCGUUCUCUUUCACUCCCGUCCGCCUCGUGAUCUAUCAGUGGAAAACCUGAGUGGGUUUAACGGCAGGUGCUCCGCCCGUUGGUGCGCUUUCGAGACGCCGGAGAUACAGGAGGCGAAGGGAGAUGGAUUGCGUCGCGAGAAGAACGCGCAGCCGGAGGGCCCUAAGUGGAGGGGCCUGGCUCGCAGUCACGUCCCGCCUCCGCGGACGCGGUGCCGCCGUGCACUCCAGCGGCGAUGGCGUGAGCGGCUCCUCCUCCGCCGGCGGAGGGCGGGAGGUGGCUGGGAUUUCGGAUUCCCCUGCUGGAUUGGGAUUCCAUGAGAGGAGCGACACUUCGGUUGGGACACCGGGCCCGGAAGUGAUCGUCCUCGACGACGACGGUGAGGAGGAGGAUGGAGGAAGAGGAAUUGGUGGGGAUUGCAAGAAAGGGUCUUCUUCGAAGGGGAAUGGCGGCCGCCGGAGUUCUCGGAAGUCCACUUACGUGGAUGAGGCGGUGGAAUUGGGAGCUGGGCCACCACCACCGGGGUUCUGGAAAGGAGGGGAGUCCGGGUCGUCCUCCGAUCGGAAAGCGGUCAUCGCUGUAUCGGAUCUCAAGGGUGACGAUAGCGAGGCCACCGUGGAAGAUCGAACGAGGUCGAAAUCAGGUUCUAAUGAUGUAAAAUCGGCUUCUUGGAGCGGUUCAGACGCUGCUAGUGGGGGAUUGAAUGCUUGCGAUCAUGAAGCAAGAGAAGGGGAAAUGCUUGAAGUCAAUGUUGCCGAUAGAAAGUUGGAAGCUAAAGAAGCCUGUGAUGCCGGUGGAGAAAGGGAAAUUGAUGAAAUCGAGGAUUGUAAUGGGGAAGUUGAAGUUCUAGAAACUAACGAUGCUAAUGUAGAAGAAAAAGAUCAGGAAUUUGAGGUUGAUGAAGGGGGAACCCAUGAAGUUCACGAACCCAAUAUCAAAUCUGGAUCUCAAGAAUCUCAACAAACUGGCAAACAAGGGGUAAGUCACAAUCUUGUCGGCACCAAUGGAGAAAGAAAAGAUCAGGAAUUUGAGAUUGCUGACAGGAAAACCCAUGAAGUUUGUGAACCCGAUGUUGAAUUCAGAGCUCAAGAAUCUCAACAAACUGGCAAAGAACGGGGGAGUCAUAAUCUUGCUGAUGCCAAUGGAGAAAGAAAAGAUCAGGAUGUCGAGGUUGAUGAAGGGAAAACCCAUGAAGUUCAUGAACCCAAUGUCGAAUUUGAAGCUCAAGAAUGUCAAGAAAGUGGCAGAAAAGAUGGAAGUAACAUUCUUGCUGACGCUGGAGGGCGGAUGGAUGUGUUGGACAUUAAUGGUGCUGAUGAAGAAGAGGAUGCUGAGAUAGGCAGUGACACAAGAAGUGCUCAGGAAGUUAAGUAUUUGGUGACAACUUCUUGUGUCGCAAGGAGGACUCGAUCGAAAAUGGGGAAGCAGAGGAGAGUGUCGUACACUCAAUACUUCAACGUGGAAUUGUCGGAUGAUUCGGAGGACGAGGAGGAUGACGAAGAGGAGGAGGAGGAAGAUGACUCCUGUUAUGAAAGUGACAAUGCUGAGGCUGAGAACACCAGGAUAAUGAGCGAAAGUGGCCAGAAGGAGUGUGGGGAGAAUGGGCAGAGCUACAAGGUUAAGCCAGAUGUAAGAAGUUUCGGUGGUGAGGUCCGUGAGGAUCCUGCAAAUGGGAGUAUAGCAGUUGCUCACCAUGCUCGAUCUUGUUUUGAUUCAGAGCCUCACAAGAAGAAACCGAAGGUUGAGUUUGCAGGUAAUCCACUCUGUAUAAAUGUGGAUGAAUCAGACUCGGAGGACAAGUUUUGUUUCUCAUCUGGUACGGAUAACGGGAAGGGCAGUGGCAGAAAGAAUCAGAUUAAGAGUGGUGGCGGCGGCAACAGGAUAGAUAUGGAAUGGAGAGAAUGGACAAGGCGAGAGGAACCAUGGCUGGUGAAAACCAAGAAGAGAAAGCGUUUGCAGUCAUUGAAGAAUACCUGCCUCUUUAAUCUCCUUGUUGAUACCAUUUGCAACGAACAAAAGAAGCUUACGGAGAAUUUGGUUUCUCCCAAGGAACAAUGUUCUCCAUCAAACGUGAAACCGUCUUGCAACAAGGAUAUAUUUCCAUGCAUAUUCUCGUUCGCAGAUGAAGAUGACAAAUCUAUUGAAAAGUCAGAUUUUGAGAAAGUGCUGGAUGAAUUAUGGGCUGAUUUGGAAUUUGCUCUAGAGUCGAACAAUAUUGGUACCUACAAUAAUGAUGAGGGUCAAAUAGAAGUUGAUAUACUAGAGGAUGAAUCCGAUCUAUUGACAUUAUGUUCUCAAGGGAAACAUCAGUUUAUUCUUGAUGAGCGGAUAGGAACUAGAUGCAAGUUCUGCUCCUUUGUGAAUAUGGAGAUCAAAUACAUAAUACCAUCUUUGGCAACACACAUUUGCGAAGGGUCAGCUAGGAUAAACUCUGCUAAGGUGGAAGGCACACUUUUAUUUGAUGACCUUUGUAGAACGGUUAAAGAUGAUGGUAAACCAAAUUCAUGUGGUCUUCCAAAGGGAACUGUAUGGGAACUCAUUCCGGGGAUUAAGGAUAAAAUGUAUGAACAUCAGCAGGAAGCAUUUGAGUUUAUGUGGAAAAAUCUUGCUGGAGGAAUUGACCUUGAUGAGCUGAAGUCCGGUGCUAGAUCUGAUGUCAUUGGUGGGUGUGUGAUUUCACAUGCCCCAGGGACAGGAAAGACGCGAUUAUCAAUAAUCUUUAUCCAAACAUACAUGAAGGUUUUCCCAGAAUGCAGACCUGUAAUUGUCGCUCCUAGUGGAAUGCUCCUCACGUGGGAAGAAGAAUUCAGAAAAUGGAACGUGGACGUUCCAAUUCAUAAUUUGAAUGCUCCAGACUACUCUGGGAGGGAAGAUAUUGCCUUCCGUCAGUUGGCAGCAAAAGAACAUCGAAAUAUCAGUUUAAUGCGUCUAGUGAAAUUAUAUUCAUGGGUCAAAGGUAGCAGUAUCCUAGGAAUAAGCUACGGCUUGUUCAAAAAGCUAACAGCAGACAACUCUUGUGACCCAAAAUUGAGUCAGGUCCUGCUUGAGAGGCCAGGUUUGCUUGUUCUUGAUGAAGGGCACACACCCAGAAAUGAACGCAGUCUCAUUUGGAAGGCUCUGGGAAAAAUCAAAACAGAAAAACGUAUCAUCCUUUCUGGAACUCCUUUUCAAAAUAAUUUUGGGGAGCUUUACAAUAUUAUGUGUCUGGUAAAACCUAAAUUUGCUGAAAAGAUCUCAAUUAGACCAUCAAAACAAGGUCAAAGAAAGGCAAAAUUCUUCUCGGAUAUGGAUCAAGACUUCUUACCAGAAAAGAAUGAAGGAAAAGGGAUUUGGGUUUCUCUAACUAAUCAUGUUACUGAUGAUAAUGCAGAAGAAGUAAGAUCAAUAUUAAAACCAUUUGUGCAUAUUCAUAGUGGCAAUAUCCUCAACACUCUUCCUGGUUUGAGGGAAUGUGUAAUUGAAUUAGAUCCACCACCUCACCAAAAAGACAUCAUUGAGAAAAUGGAACACAUCGGAUCGAAUGUUAUCUUUGAGAAUGAAUAUAAGACCUCCCUGGCUUCUAUUCAUCCUUCAUUAGUCACUUAUUUGAACUUGUCUGAGGAGGAGGAAACUCUUUUAGACAGACCUUUGCUAGAGAAACAGAAGUUGAACCCCUAUAUAGGGGUGAAAACAAGAUUUGUAAUGGAAGUUGUUCGACUUUGUGAAGCAUUAAAAGAGAAGGUUUUGAUUUUCAGUCAGUAUAUUCAGCCACUGUCUAUGAUAAAGGACCAACUGAUCAAGUUAUUCAACUGGAGUGAAGGGAAGGAGGUGUUACAGAUGGAUGGCAAGAUCCGCACAAAAUAUCGUCAAUCCUCAAUUGAUAUUUUCAAUGAUAUGGAAAGUGAAGCAAGGGUGCUGCUUGCAUCAACAAAGGCUUGCUGUGAAGGGAUAAGCCUAACCGGAGCUUCAAGGGUUGUACUUCUGGAUGUUGUGUGGAACCCUGCAGUAGGGAGACAAGCCAUCAGCCGAGCAUAUAGAAUUGGGCAGAAGAAAUUUGUGUACACUUACAACCUGAUGACAAGUGGAACAGGGGAAAGAGACAAAUAUGACAGACAAGCUAAAAAGGAUCAUCUUUCUAAAUUAGUGUUUUCCACUGAAAUUGAUUUUACUAAUGUCAGAAAGAGUUCAUCACAGGCCAAAGAGCAACACUCAUCUAAAUUGAUUUCCGAAGAUAAAAUUUUAGAAGAGAUGACCGCACAUGACAAAGUAAAGGGCAUGUUUCUGAAGAUUUACUAUCCACCAAAGGGUAUAUGUGCUUAACAGUGUUGGCCCCUAAUUGAUGCAGUGGCCACCAUUGAUUGAAUUUUCUUU